UUGUCUGCUCUUACCGAAUACUGAGGACGCUUGUUCAGGCCAAGGAAUUACUUAGCAUCUGGUGAGGAAGAAGAAACUCCUGUGCUAAGGGGCAAGAGCCUCCUGCCCAUUGUCAUUUGUUGCUCCACCGGCCGGCCGUCUGGCCUGCCUUCGCUGCCCACACGCUGCAGCCAUAUGAUCAUAUUCGCCGCAGAGGCGGCAUGUCCGUCGUUGGCCAGCAUACGACACCAUGACCUGCGUGCGGAAGGCAUCAAGACAAAUAAAAGAAAGAAGAAUUUGACUUGAGGACGACUUUUCUAUCAUGGCCAGUAGACCUACUGUUGCUAGUCAUGUUCCACGGACUCGUGCAGCUUUUCCUGUUUCAACAGUCAAAACACAAACCAUGUCUAAUGUAAACAACGACGUCGUACUUGGGGAGGACAUUAUCAAGGAGCUGACGGAUUUCCAGAAUUACAGCGAGGCAGACAAUUUUGAUUACAGACAAAUUGAUUUGUCCUUGUUCUGCGAGACAACAUUGCAAACUAAUUUUGAGGAUUCGAUAGCAGCCGGAGAGAACCCCAGCCGUAAACACCAGUUUGCGGUUAAUAAGGCUUCCUUAAUGGAAGGCACACAAGCCUGCUUGAUCGUCAACCCCACUAAUGUCUCUUCUGGCUAUUCUUCAAGCAGCCAGAUGGACCAGUCCUCCAUAGUAACAUCAUGGGUUUCCCAUCGCCCGACUGAAAGCUCUAGACUUGAUAUUUACACGUAUAGACUGCCUCUCGAAAAAGAAUUUGCAUCCGAUGGCAAAGUUCAUAAAGACUCAAGAAUUUCUGGUUCACAACAGGUAUGCACAAAUGUUCCGACAGAGACAUGCAUGUAUCCCGUUCCUGUUGCUCAGCCAAGACUUUAUGGUUCUCGACAGAUAUAUACAACAGGGGUUCGGCCAGCGACAUCCAUGUAUUCCUUCCCUUUUCCAACCAGUUGUUUUUCUUCCAUCGAGGCCAUCGGUUACUCCUUCACUAUCCACCGGUAGUAUUGAUCAAAGACCAAUUGACCCACUUGUCAAACCAUCGCCUAUUCCCUCAUUACAUUCAAGUGGCGCUUCGUUUGUCGUGCAGCCUGAGGCCAGUUUAUCUUCACAGCAGUCUACCUUCGCAUCAGCUUCUGUACCCACGUUCUUUUCAAGCGUUCCUUCGAUCAACAGCAGCGAAAUGCCUCAAAUCAUCAAAGAGGACCAGAGCGAGAGUAACAGACCAAAAAAACUUAAAACCUGUAGACGUCACGAAGUCACUUGCCCUACUUGUAGUAUUGUCCUCGCAUCGAGAGGACACCUUAUGCAGCACAUGAAGUCUCAUAACUCUGUUAAACCGUCGGUUUCGUUUGAAUUCAAUGCCGAACACAAGAUGACCUGUCCUACAUGUGGCCUUGUAGUCGCAACCAAAGGACACUUGAAGCAGCACAUAAGGUCUCAUAGUACUAGCACUUCUAAUCGAUGUUAUAAAUGUAAUUGCACUUUUACCCAGAGAUCUAAACUGAGCAGUCAUCUUUUACGUGCUCAUGGUAUAUCGUUUAAACGCGUGAGAGCAAUUCCGCAAGGAUAGCAAAUAUUACAAACUUACUUCCUUAAGGUUUGUCAGAUUUAUUUUAAAUAAAUUCCGUCCCGAUGUUUAAUAUAGAAUAUAUUUAAAAUAUAGAUUUGCUUUAAUCAAAAUAUCAAGAAAAUAGAAUAUUAAUUUUAUUAUGGUGUACCAUAAUAGUACAUCGUAUUACAAAAUCAAUACAGCCAUUUAACAAAAAAGAUUACGUUCAGCCCACCAGUAGCUUCAUUAAGCCGCUUUAAUAAAGCUCUUGGCGAGCGACAUGUAGGUUUUCUUUCUCAUUAGUUGCUCUUCUGUACAUUUACCUAAAGUUCCUUUUAGCAUUUUUCAAGAAACUUUUAAAAUAGUUCAUCAGAGCCCGGAUUUUUUUUUUCUUAAAUCAAACUUUGAUCAGGUCUCUAAUGAACAUUUUAUUUUUAAGACUCUCCUAGAAAUAUGAAUUGUAUCAUCUACAAUUGUUAAUUUUUGUGACGGGAAGUGUUCACCUUUUAAGUUUGAAGAGGGUCAACAUUUCUAAUAUUUUGACUUUCUUGGAUGAGUUAGGUACUGUACUAGCAUAAUUACAUUUAGAUUUUAUCAUUUUUAACCUCCUAAUGUGAACAUUACGGCAUCUGAUGACCAUCUACUCUUUUGAAAGAUCGGUAAAUUAUUCUCUUCGUCAUUUAUUUGUGAUAAUUUGCUUUACCUGUUAUUUAAGUCCAUUUUACAUAGCUUGUAAUAUCGUCAAAAUAACCAUUAGUCAAAGUUCUCAUUGUACAGCAAUCAGCUGCUCCUAAAAUAAAACUUUCAGAACUU